CGGGGCGACCGGUGCCGUCGGGGCCUAGGGAGGCGGCGGGGACCGAAAUCGGGACCGGAACCAGGAACGGGACCGCAACCGGAACCGGGACCGGGACUGGCUGCUUUUCUCGGGGAGGGACCGGGGGGAAGCGACCCCGUUCCCACGCGGUUUUCCCGGUUCGCGGGGGAAGGGCCAGGGCCAGGCCCGCCCAGAGUCGGUGCCGCUCCUGCACCGGGUGUGGGCGGGACGAGCUGCCCGGGCGCCCUUAAAGGCAAGGCCGGCGGCGGAGCCGGUGCAGCCGGGCCGGCUCCGAGCGCACCGGGAGCGGCGGGGCCAUGGGGGCGGUCGGUGCCCUGUGCUGGCGGCUGCUGCCGGUGCUGCUGGCCGUGCACCGGGCCGCAGGCGCCCGGCCCUGCAGCCCCAAGUACUUCGGCCGUGAUGCCAUGGUCUGCGUCUGCAAUGCCACCUACUGUGACACGCUGGACCCCCUGGUCCUGCCAGCCCACGGCUACUACGUCAAAUACGAGAGCAGCAAGGCUGGCAAGCGGCUGGAGCGGAGCGAGGGGAAAUUCCAGCACAAACUCUGCGCCCCAGAUGUUGUCCUCAGGCUGGACACGACGCAGCGCUUCCAGAGGGUGAAGGGUUUUGGUGGCUCCAUCACCGACGCGGCCGCCAUCAACAUCUUGUCCCUGCCGGAGAGAGCCCAGGAUCACCUGCUGCGCUCCUACUUCUCUGAGGAGGGGCUGGAGUACAACCUCAUCCGGCUCCCCAUGGCCAGCUGUGACUUCUCCCUGCAUGCCUACACCUACGAUGACGUCCCCUACGACUACGAGCUCACACAUUUUGCCCUGCGGGAUGAGGACACCAAGCUGAAGAUCCCCCUCCUUCACCGAGCCUCGGCCAUGAGCAAGCGGCCGCUGUCGCUGUACGCCAGCCCCUGGACCUCCCCCACCUGGCUGAAGACCAGCGAGUCCUACGUGGGGAAGGGGACACUGAAGGGGCAGGCAGGGGACAAGUACCACAAGACCUGGGCCAACUACUUUGUACGGUUCCUGGAUGAAUAUGCCAAGCACAAUGUGACAUUCUGGGCAGUGACAGCAGAGAAUGAGCCCACAGCUGGGCUGAUCAACAACUACCCCUUCCAGUGCCUGGGUUUCACAGCUGAGCAGCAGAGGGACUUCAUUGCUCGGGACCUGGGCCCAGCACUGGCCAACAGCUCCCACCGCCACGUCCAGCUCAUCAUCCUGGAUGACAACCGGCUCCACCUCCCGCACUGGGCCAGAGUGGUCCUGGAGGACGAGCAGGCAGCUCGCUACGUCCACGGCAUCGGCAUCCACUGGUACCUGGACUUCAUCGGCCCCAUACAGGACACAGUGCUGCCCACUCAUGAGCUCUUCCCUGACUACUUUAUCCUGGCCACGGAGGCGUGCAUCGGGGCCCAUUUCUGGGAGAGGGAUGUGAUUCUGGGCUGCUGGGAGCGGGGGAACCAGUACAGCCACAGCAUCCUGACGAAUCUGAACCACUUUGUGGCCGGCUGGACUGACUGGAACCUGGCCCUGGAUCUGGAGGGGGGCCCUAACUGGGUCAAGAACUAUGUGGACAGCCCCAUCAUCGUGGACAGCAGUGAAGGCAUCUUCUACAAACAGCCCAUGUUCUACCACAUGGGGCACUUCAGUAAAUUCAUCCCCGAGGGCUCCCAGCGCGUGGGGCUCGUCGCCUCCAGAGAGUCCAAGAAGACAGCGCUGGAGUACACGGCUUUCCUGCGCCCUGAUGGGGCUGUGGUUGUGGUGGUUCUGAACCGGUCCCCGCAGGACAUCACCUUUGGGCUGGCGGACACCGUGGGCCUCCUGGCAGCCGUGGCUCCGGCCAACUCCAUCCAGACCUACGUGUGGCAGCGGCAGUGACGGGCCGAGGCGCCGGGGGCCGGACGUGCAGCCCCAGCUGCCCGCGGGCUCGGGCCGGGGCAGCGUCCCCAGGGCUGUGACAGAGCCAGAAUGGGCCAGGCCGGGGACGCUGAGCGUGUGCAGGAGGGCCGGGGGCACGGUGCCCCUCAGGGUGGAGACCCCACAGGCUGUGAGCGCUGUGUUCUGCUGUUCCGACAUUAAACACGGAUGCUGCCUUGA